AUGAAGCGUAACUUAACCAAUGAUGAUGCCUGGAUCAAUGAAGAAAUCAAUAAAGAACUUGACCAGCUCGGCGAUAACUUAGAUUUAACAGAAGAAGAAGAAGAAGAAGACGAAGAAUCAGUUAUACUAAACACAUCUAGUAUUGAGCAGACUGAAAAUAAUAAAGACGAUGCAGAAGAAUGCCUUAAUAAACUGUGGCAAAAUCUCAAUAGAAGAACCACUAUUUUUAGCCAAGAAGUUGAAGAAUGCGAAUCAACUCUCAAAGAAACCACCUCACGUAUCGCAGGAGAUAAUGAUCGCUUAUUUAUUAAAACCUUUAACGAUAAAUAUGGUAACAUCGAUUUCAAAGAUAUUCUAAGUCUAAGAAAAGAUGUAAUUUCAAGAAUGGAAGAAGAAGAUCAGACCGAUAAAGAUGAAGACGAUGACGAAGACGAUGAUAUCGAUAACAAUAAUAAUAAUCAUAAUUAUAAGAAUGAUGAAAAUGACAACGAAGAGAAUAUACAAUCGAAAGUUACUACCACAAAGGAUAGAUCUACAGUACAAGAAAAUAUCGAUAAAAACAUUCAAAAUCCAAAAGAUGACCUAUCACAAAAUGAAGCCAACCAUGAAUCAACAAAUGAAAAGGAAUCAAAAUAUAAAAUAGAGCUAGAAGAAUCAGAAAUUGAAGAGGAAGAUAUUGAAUUAAUUGAUAUCGAAAAGUUGGAGAAACGAGCUAAAAAACAAAUGAAACAACAAAUGAAGGAAAUUCUUGUCUGGAGAAAGAAAAUUGAGAAUAGACAGGAUAAUAUUAUGGCUGUCCGUAAAGCUAGACACGAUAAGCAGAUUGAAAAUAACGAAAGAAAUCGAGAAGUUUACACUGCUAAAUUAGAAAAAGAAAAGAAGAAAUUAAAUGAAAUACAAAAUAAUUUAAAAAUUGAACUCGAACAAAUUGUAAAAGUAGAAGAAGAAAUGAUUCACAAUGAGAAAGUAGCUCUUGAGCUAGAAAUUAAUAAAUUAGAAGCAAACUUACAGGAAGAAAAAGUAGUACUUGAAAAGACUCAAUCUGAAGCUAAGAAAUACCAUAAUCUUCGCGAGAAUAAAGCAGCUUCAACAAUUCAAGCUCAUUUUAAAGGUUUUAAAAUUCGUAAGCGUUAUGGGGAAGAAAUUAGGAUUAGAGCCAAAAGAAAGUUAAAAGAGAUACAAGAACAACUUCAACGCUUAGAACGAGAGGAAAAACGACAAUUAGAAGAGGAAAUAAAGCGCAAACAGGAGGAAGAGAGAUUAAGAAUAGAAUUGGAAAAAAAGAAAAAACAGGAAGAAGAGCAGAAAAGAAUUGAAAUGGAAAAGCAAGCUGAGAUACAAAGAUUAAAAGCCAAGGAAGAAAAGCGUCGACAAGAUGAAUUGAGAAAACAACGAGAAGAAGAAGAAAGAAAGAAAAAAGCUGAACUGGAAAGGAAAAGGCUAGCUGAAGAAAAAUUAAAGAAAGAAGAAGAGCGCCUAAGAAAAUUAGAGGAAAAAAGAAAAAUAAGAGAAGAACAAGAAAAAAUUCGUCGAGAAGAAGAAGAGAGGGUAAAAAGAGAAGAAGAAAGAAAACGCCAGGAAGAGGAAAACAGAAGGCGUCUAGAAGAGGAGGAGCGAAAGCGAAAAGAAGAAGCAGCAAGACGUAAAGAGGAAGAGAGAAAGCGAAAAGAAGAAGAAAGACGCAAUGAGGAAGAGAGAAUGCGAAAAGAAGAAGAAAGACGCAAUGAGGAAGAGAGAAAGCGAAAAGAAGAAGAAGAAAAAAGGCAUCGAGAAGAAGACAGAAAACGGAGAGAGGAAGAUGAAAGAAAACGCAAAGAAGAAUUAAAGCGAAUACAACGAGAAAAAGCUAUUAAACAAAAAGAACAAGAAAAGUAUGAUAGACCUCAGCUAGUAAAAACUCCAAUCCCAUCUGAAAACGCUUCGCUGAAAGUGGCAAAUGCACAUCAUCCAGAAUUAAUCUGUCAAUCACAAUCAGAAUCUGCUCAAACAGUAUUAGAAUUAAAGAAAGAGCAAUCAUCACAACUAGAAAUUUUAAUUCAUCAAGGUGAAGAAGAAAUUGCAAAAAAAGAACAUCAAUUAAAACAACUAAAGCAAGAAAUGUUGAAAUUUCAAGAUUCAGACAUGGAUGCUGCCACCAAUCCCGAAGCAGUUAAAUCCGAACUAUCAAGCUACAAUAACUAUUUAUCCAAUGUUCAGCUACCCAGUCAUGAAAUUAAGUCAUUACCCGAAUGGCUGAAUAGCUACUACCAGAAAUGGCUAAAUCUUCGAAGUGUAGAAGAUGAAAAAGAGCAAGCUAGCGUACAAAGUGCUACAAAGAAAAAGAGAAAGCCAACGGCUCUAUCUAAGCUUCUGCCAUUUCCUGAGUCGCAACUAUUAGCGGCAUCGUCUACAUCUUCAAUCGAUUCAGUUUCCAUCAUAACUAUAAAUAGCUGUCCAACAUCUUAUAGUACAUCGUCCAUCGGCCAAUAUCAAUCAUUGUGCUGGCUAUCACUAACACAUUGUAACCUAAAAGCUCUGGAUGGCAUUAACCAGUGUCGUAAACUACAGUAUAUCAAAAUUAGCGAUAAUGAUGUGGAAUAUCUUGACCUGCAAGGAUUAUCAACUUUAAUGGAGCUUAAUGCAGCUAAUAACAAAUUAACGACGGUUCAUGGAUUAGACGGUUGUACAUCGUUAAAAGUGGUUGAUUUUAGUAAAAAUAGAUUGACACGCCUAGGUGAAAUUACAAAUUGUACCGCACUACAAGAAAUUAACUUGGAUAAUAAUCUUCUUGUAACGAUUAAAGGAAUUCAGAACCUAAUCAAUUUACAAGUUAUAUCAUGCAAUUUUAAUGAUGUAACGUAUCUUGAUGAAUUGAAGAGAUGCCAUCUACUUCAUUCCAUCAGCUUUACCAAUAAUAGUAUCCAACUGCUACCUGAAUUAACAAAUCAAUCCUUACUUGUCGAAAUAAAUCUAAAAUCCAAUUGUAUCGCCUCAUUGGAGAAUUUCAGUCAGUCAUGGUUACCAUCUUUAGAAAAUUUGAAUAUUUCAGAAAAUAGUCUAUCAAAUCUCGAACCAUGUUUAAAACACUUUGUGUCCAUCCAAAAAUUAGAUGUCAGUGACAACUGCUUCGAUAGUUUCGAUGCAAUUCUUCCAUGCGUAAGCCAAUUAACAAGACUAAAAUGCCUACGUUUAAAUGGUAAUCCUGUGGUAGAAGAGCCUAAUUUCCAGGCAGUAGUGACUAAAGCCAUACCUUAUAUGCAAGAACUGAACGACAUUAGCGUAGAAGAGAAAAAUUUGAAUUUGCAUACAGAUGUAAAUGAACAUCCUUUUAUUACGAUGAUACAACGGCAAAUUCAAGUUAUUCCUGGUUUACGAAUAUCUUAUGAAAGAAAACUUCAAAAGCUUCGGGCUGUACAAAGAAAUAACAAUCCUAAAACCUUACUCUGGGUUAAGGAAAAUUAUUUUCAAAGAAUGCUAUUUGCUUCUCAACAAUUUUUACAACAGCAGUUAAGCUAUUCUAUUGAAUUGAAUACAGACCAUGAAAUCAUUGAUGAAGACUUUCUCAAUUUAUCACAAUCCUUAGAUGCAACUCAAUACCAACAAUUUAGCCAGGCCAAAAAUUUAGCGACAGCAACUAGUUUAUCUAGGCAAAAUAGUGCUGCUAUAAAGAUUCAGUCUUUAUGGCGAGGCUAUCGAACUCGAAAGGCUAGCAAGAAGAUAUAUUCAACACUACCAUCAACUUCUCAUUCAAAUAGAGAGGAAAAAGCAGUAAUUGAAAUACAGUCCUUUUAUCGUGGCUAUAGGACAAGAAAGCGCAUAAAAGCUGCGCUAGUAGAAGCUAAAGACAUUCGUGACUUAGAUGAUGAUUUUAAUUUUGAUGAAAUAGAUCUAUCGCAAUUCGAUGUUAAGGAGGACUAUUUUAAUCAAGAUUGGAAACUAGAUGAAGACAGUGAUGCUAAUGCCGCAAACCUACGAAAUAUAGAUCCUGAUGCGAGCACCAAUGCUUUACCAAAAAGUUACGAAAGUAUUCCGAAACCAGUAUGGCAACUAGAAGAAUCGCUUAACCAAAGUCAACUAGAUACCAACCUGAGGCAAUAUCCUUAUCAGGAAGAAGUUCCUGUUGAUAAUAUUUAUAAACCACAGCUCGACGAUGCGGGCAAUGAAACAUUAUACGACGAUGAUCAAACUUCUGAAGUACCUUCUAGUCAACAGUAUCCUGCCAGUAAAAGUGAAGAAAUUGUUAAUGAAUGGGGAUUUUCGAAUUAUAUGACCGCUGAGCUAAUGAAAAAAAGGGCUCGUCGAUUCAAACAGAAAAAGAAAAUUACCGACCCACAACGUCGCUACGAACAAUUUAAAAAAUUAGAUGAAACUUCUUCAUGGAAAAAUGUUAAAACAACUAAAAAACCGGAUAAUACUAAUAAGUUAAAUUACACACAAGUUGGCAAGCCCACAGCAGCAUGGGAACUAUCGCCACCUCAGCAUCCACAGCGAAAAGAAGAUUACACCACAUCAUGGAUCAAAAAUCAAAGUGAACUUCAAAGCAACUUAUCGGAUAAUGAUACAUCACCUAAUAGUUAUAGAUCCAAAAGGAAGGAAAAUUUACGUAAUGUAAACUAUAAAAUAGCAAGACAAGUACAUAGCCUACCACAACUGAAUGCACAUGUGAUAUCAGGGAAAACCGUUCAGUUAAUCAACCCUUCUAAUGAAAAUCGAGGAAAUUAUCCGCCACAUGACAAUAAUUCUUAUAGAAGAUAUUCUACUGAAAAUGAAUAUCUUUGUAAGAAAGUGCGAUAG